AUGUCUGAGGCCAUCAAUGCUGAACCAGAUAUGAACAAGAAGGUCAAGUUUAACAGAGAUGGAGUCAUUGGUGAUCACGACUCAACAGAGAGAGACCAGCUACAGACCAGUUACAACAUCCUGACUAAAGAGAGAGACCAGCUACAGAAAGAGAAAGAUGAUGUCAUGUCAAAGUUAUCUAAUCUGAAACAAACCUGUCCAGAAGGCUGGCAUACGUUUGAAUCCAGUUGGUACUUCCUGUUUACUAAGGCUAAAACCUGGGAGGAGAGCAGACAGGAAUGUGUGGAGAGAGGAGCAGACCUGGUGAUCAUAAACAGUGAAAAGGAACAGGAGUUUCUCUUCAACCUCAACAGUAGUUUUUGGAUUGGUCUGACUGACUCUGUUACUGAGGGGACCUGGAAAUGGGUGGUACGGAAACCCACUGACCACCCCAAGGUUCUGGGGGAGUGGACAGCCUAAUGGUGAUGAGUCGGAGGACUGUGCGUUGUUCUCUCACAGUUCACCAGACCAAGGAAAAUGGCAUGACUAUCCGUGUUCAUCUAACCAUUACUGGGUCUGUGA